CUCAGGAUUUGGCAGACAUUGGAGGUGGCAGUGAAGGAGAGAGUGGCGGUCAAUGUUAUUUGAGCAGGGUCAGCAGGUCCUGGAGUUUCCUGAGUGCACCAUGCAGAAGGCUGCUUACUAUGAAAACCCAGGACUCUUUGGAGGCUACAGCUACAGCAAAGCCACUGACACUUAUGGCUACAGUGCCCCCCAUCAGCCUUAUCCACCCCCUGCUGCUGCCAACUCCCUGGACACUGAUUACCCAGGCUCUGCCUGCUCCAUCCAGAGCUCUGCACCACUACGAGCACCAGCCCACAAAGGGGCUGAACUCAAUGGCAGCUGCAUGAGGCCGGGUGCUCAUGGGAACAGCCAGGGUGGGGGUAGUGGCAGCCAGCCUCCUAGUCUGAACUCAGAGCAGCAGCCGUCACAACCCCCUCCUCCACCACCAACCCUGCCCCCAUCCUCACCUACUAAUCCUGGAGGUGGGGUACCUGCCAAGAAGGCCAAGUGUGGGCCCAAUGCUUCUGGUUCCUCUGCCACCAUCAGCAAGCAGAUCUUUCCCUGGAUGAAAGAGUCCCGACAGAACUCCAAGCAGAAGAACAGCUGUGCCACUGCAGGAGAGAGCUACGAGGACAAGAGCCCGCCGGGCCCAGCAUCCAAGCGGGUGCGCACAGCGUACACCAGCGCACAACUGGUGGAAUUAGAGAAGGAAUUCCACUUCAACCGCUACCUGUGCCGGCCGCGCCGCGUGGAGAUGGCCAACCUGCUGAACCUCACCGAACGCCAGAUCAAGAUUUGGUUCCAGAAUCGGCGCAUGAAGUACAAGAAGGACCAGAAGGCCAAGGGCAUCCUGCAUUCGCCAGCGGGCCAGUCCCCAGAGCGCAGCCCGCCGCUCGGCGGCGCAGCCGGCCACGUGGCCUACUCAGGCCAGCUGCCUCCUGUGCCGGGCCUGGCCUAUGACGCUCCCUCGCCGCCCUCCUUUGCCAAAUCUCAGCCCAACAUGUACGGCCUGGCAGCCUACACGGCGCCACUCAGCAGCUGCCUGCCACAACAGAAGCGCUACGCGGCGCCCGAGUUCGAGCCCCACCCUAUGGCGAGCAACGGCGGCGGCGGCUUCACCAGCGCCAACCUGCAGGGCAGCCCGGUGUACGUGGGUGGCAACUUCGUCGACUCCAUGGCCCCCGCGUCUGGGCCCGUCUUCAACUUGGGCCACCUCUCGCACCCGUCUUCGGCCAGCGUGGACUACAGCUGCGCUGCGCAGAUUCCUGGCAACCACCAUCAUGGACCGUGUGACCCCCAUCCCACCUACACAGAUCUCUCCGCUCACCAUUCGUCUCAGGGACGCCUGCCCGAGGGACCCAAACUGACGCAUCUGUAGCGGCCGCCACCGGCCCGACCUCGCGGCGCAACCUCUUGCUUUGGUGGCGGGGGUGGCGGGCGGGGCCCUCAGGACUCCUCGGUGACCCUAUCUAUCCCUUUCUCUGGCCGGGUCGCUGCCUCCCGGAUGUCGGGCCACAGGCAACUGGGCCUCCCCUCCAGGCGCACCCACCUUUGGGCGACUCGCCAUAAAUUGGCUCCGAGGGUUCUCUUCUGUAAGCCUGACAUGCCACCAUAUACUGCGGACCGAGGGGCUCUAAUCUGGUAAUGAUGUCCUGAAGGUAAGUCUGAGAUCUAUUGGCGGUGCGCCCCUGCGGAAGGAGCAGGGCCCAAAGAGCCCUGGGCCUGGCCCACGUCUAGCUUAGUUGCGGAGACCUUAAUUUAUAUUCUCCUUCCAGUCCCUUAAGGAUUGCAUCGGACUCAACGACCUAUAUUUAUUAUUUGAAGCGAGUCAUUUCGUUUCCCUGAUUAUUUAUCCUCUUCUUAAUGUAUUUAUGUGUAUAUUUGUAGAAUUCUCCAGCCUAGCUUAGGAAAGCGCUCCCAGUCCGCGGGAGCCACAUUUCACCUCGUUAGUCCCCUUGGUCUGAACUAGUUGAGAGUAGUUUUGAACAAUUGUAAACGUGGCUGGUGUUUGUAGUUAAUGUAAAGGAUUAAGACCGCAAAUUGUCCUUCAUGGGUAGAGUCAGGCAGCCUCGUGGCGCGGCACGACUCCAGUUACUCAUUUCUCAACAGCCGCAGCCAUCGCCACUCAACAGUUUAUUGAUUUCAAAUUGUCUGGUACUAUUUGAAUAAAUAUUUAGAAUAAAAAAAUUUCUCAGUCUUAAGUGUAUCUGUGCUAAUGACACACCC